CUUUAGCUUUUUUCUUACCUGAUCUCUGAUCAAUUCUUUUUAUUGAAAGCAUAGAUAUACGCAUUUUAUUUUGCGAAAGAUAUGGAAGCUACGGUUUCAUAUAGCAAAGUUGCACUUGCAAUCAUUACAAUAUCAUGCGGCCUCUUAUGUUUGAUCGCCUAUCCUACAAUGGCGUGCCCGCUAACCGACAGAAAUGUUCUCCUGGAUUUUAAGGCAGAUCUUGCAGAUGAGGAUAAAAGGCUUAGUUCCUGGCACGGAUUGAAUUGCUGCACUUGGAGUGGAGUUGGCUGUAACUUCGGCACAGGCCAUGUUUCUCUACUCGAUUUGAAUGGAUACAAUUUGGAGGGUGACAUCCAUUCAUCGCUGUUUGAGCUUGCAGAGUUAGAGCACCUCGAUCUCAGUGAUAACUACUUUCAAGGUAACAUCACUCCCCAUAUUGGAAUGUUGAAGAAACUCAGUUUUCUUGCUUUGUCAGAUGCUGGUGAUGCAAAUGAAUUUUAUGUGAGUUUGGAAAGCUUAUCAAAUCUAGUGAGCUUGGAAUACCUCGUUCUGGAUGGACUAAAUAUCUCUGUAGGCAAGGAGAGCGCCGAAGCUGUUGGCAGUCUACGGAACCUUCAAGAACUCAGCAUGUCUGGGUGUGGGCUUAGCGGACCAAUUCCCAAUUCCCUUGUCAAACUCACUUCUCUCCUUCAUCUCGAUCUUUCAAGGAAUUCUUUGUUAGCCCAAAUACCUGCUUGGUUUGAAAAUGUGACUGCCCACUUGCUCUCACUUGAUCUUUCUGACAAUUACAAUCUUGGAGGAGACAUUUCUUUUAUUGGACAACAAAUUUCACCAUCACUGACUAGAAUUAUUCUUUCACGGACAGCUGUGGAGGGUGAAAUUCCAUCUGCUAUAGGGAACGUUUCAUCCUUGGAGAGUCUUCAUCUGUUCAAUACUAGAAUUGAAGGUAAAAUUCCUCUGUCCAUCGCCAAUCUCUCUAAACUUUUUUCUUUGGAUCUGUCCCACAACAACUUAAGAGGAUCAAUCCCACCUUCGUUGGGAUCACUUUCUUCCCUUUCAUAUCUUGACCUCAGUUACAACCAAUUUAAUGGAGCAAUUCCUCGCACAAUUUCAGAUCUUGUUAGCUUAAAACACCUUUGGCUGGACUCUAAUGGGUUAAGUGGUUCCAUAUCCCUUUCUCUCUUAGAUAAUCUAACUAGACUUGAAUAUCUGUUCCUUUCCAAUAAUCACCUAACCGUGAGUAGUGAUUCACCCUGGAUCCCACAGUUUAGAAACCUCCAGGCUCUGCGAUUAUCUUCCUGCAAUUUAGAUAGAAUUCCACCGUUUCUAGUAACCCAAUAUGGCAUGAUAGAGCUGGACCUAUCCGCUAACAGAAUUGCAACAGAUAUUCCGUCCUGGAUUUGGGACUUAACCAGUCUUUAUUAUUUGAACCUUAGCUGUAACCAAUUAACAGGUUCUCUGCCAUCUAGUCUAACAUCCAUGACUCUUAUGUAUCUGGAUUUGCACAAUAACAGCUUAGAAGGUCCUCUUCCUCUUCCUCCUGAUGCUCAUCUUUUGGACCUGUCGGGGAAUCAGUUUAAUGGUUCUAUUCCUGCUGAUACGGGUGCAUAUCUUUCAAAUUCGUGGUAUUUAUCCUUGUCUAGGAAUAAUCUCAGUGGAGCCAUUCCAGAUUCUAUUUGCACUCCAGAGUUGCAGGUUCUUGACCUGUCAAGUAAUAUGCUGAGCAAUAUGAUUCCUCCCCAUUUGAUAAGGAAAUGUUCUUCUCUCAAUGUUCUAGAUUUGGCGGAAAAUCAUCUAGAAGGUAAAAUGCCAGCAGAAUGGGGCAACCUGAAAGAGAUUAAUACAUUGAAGCUCGCUGGUAAUAAGUUGAGAGGACUUCUUCCGUCUUCGCUUUCAAAAUGCCACACUCUGCAAGUAUUGGAUUUGGGAAAUAACAAGUUACAAGGCACCAUUCCCCAUUGGAUUGGGAAGCUAUCACAACUGCACGUGUUGGUGUUAAGGUCUAAUCAUUUCCAUGGCAGUGUCCCACGCCAGGUGAUCGACCUUUCAAAUCUUCAAAUUCUGGACCUUUCACACAACCGCCUUUCAGGACCUAUUCCGAGCAACCUUACAAACUUGCUUGCAAUGGUCAAUGAAUCACAGAGUAAUCCAAACCAUUUGGAAAAAUAUACUUUAGAUGGUGCAAUAUAUACAAAUAAAAUUGUAAUGUCGUGGAAAGGUGGGGAUGGUGAGUUUGUGAAAGUUCUUUUCAUUCUUAAAUGUAUUGAUCUUUCAAAUAACAAUUUAUCGGGGAACAUUCCUCUCAAAAUGGGAUCCCUUAAGGGCUUGAUAGUCCUUAACCUUUCAAGGAAUCAUCUCAGUGGCCCAAUCCCAAAAACAUUGGGAGACAUGGAUCAGCUAGAGUCUCUGGACCUCUCGAUAAACAGGUUGAAUGGCAAAAUUCCCUUGGAACUUCAGUUGCUGACUUAUUUGGAGUUCUUGAAUCUAUCUUACAACAUGCUUGAUGGAAAAGUACCCCACGGAGGGCAGUUUCUGACCUUUGGGGAGUCAUCCUACUUAGGCAAUCCUAAGCUAAGUGAGAUUCCAUUUACCAAUACAACAGUCUGCAACAACUCUUCUGGAUAUGACAACUGCACAAGUAUUGAGACAAUUGGUGUAGAAAAUUCAGAUGCUGAAAUGAAAGGGUGGGCCAUCGGACUUGGAUUGAGUUAUAGUUUGGGAUUCUCUAUUGUGAUUGGAAUAUUGUGUUUCAAUAACAGGAUAAGAAAGAGAGUCUUCAAUUUGUAUGAUGAUGCAGUUUUAGCUGUUGAUCGGUGUAUAACAGGGAAUAAGUGAAAGUAGAUACCUUUAUACAGAGGGUUGGGUUACUAUAUAUGGACAAAAUUUCUCUUAGUAUAUGGCCACUGCAACUUUGUAAGCAUGAGGGAAGCAAAGCUAAUGGACAUCGACGGGUAAUGCCAAAUUCAUGAAAAGAAAGGCUGACGCACAGAAGAUAUACAUAUUUAAUGUUUUGCUGAGAUAUUUAUUCUUAAGUCCCCUAAACUAUUGAAGCUAUUCUGCACUAUUCUGUGGAUUAAGAUUUCCAUAUAUGUGUGUCUUGAGUUUGUUGUUGUGGUAUUCUUGUUGUUUGUGUAAGAGUUCUGGACUUGCUAUCUGGUUUUUAAUUUUUUCAAAGUUUGCAUAUAAAUCUG